AUGAGUAGUGCCACCGCGACAAUGACUGAAGAGUCCGGGAAACGCAAGGCCUCCGCCGCCGGCCUGGCUGCGAGUCGCCCGGUAAAGCGCCGUGCCUCCAAGGCCUGCUGCUGCUGUCGUGCGCGCAAGGUGCGCUGUGACGUCGUGGAAAAUGGGUCUCCUUGUACCAACUGUCGGCUGGACCAAGUCGAGUGUAUCGUCACCGAGAGCAAACGCAGAAAGAAGUCGCGUGCUGAAGUCGAGGCGCCUUCCCAGUCGCCCGAGGCCUCGGAGGAAAACCCGCUGCGACUCGGCGACAUGCACGGUCUGCCUGAUAUGGCGCCCACAUCGCCCUCGCAGGCCUCGGUCGAUAUCGACCACGGCCAGCACAUGCCGCAUCUGCUGUACCAAUCGCAGGCACAUCGCAUCGGCUCCGACGAUCGCUAUCGUCGCCGCAUGGCUCCUAACCCGGCCGUCCCUUCGAGUAUGCCGUUGGCCAAUGCCACUCUACAAAUCCAACAACUGCUCGAUCCCAAUUUUGGCAGCCCCCGCGCCGCCAGUGGUUUUCUCCCGGACUACAUCCGCGGUCUGCCCGCCCGACUGCAGAAGGAGGAUAUCGACUAUCUGGCCGCUAAGGGAGCUCUGUCCAUCCCCGACGUGACUCUGCGAAACGAACUGCUCAAGGCCUACGUCCACUAUGUUCAUACGUAUAUGCCCCUGCUGGACCUCGAGGAGUUCCUGCAGACCAUCGUGCAGAAUGACGGCAUCCACCGCAUCAGUCUGCUCCUCUUUCAGGCCGUCAUGUUCGCCGGAAUGGCCUUUGUCGAUAUGAAACAUCUCCAGGCCGCCGGCUAUCAGACUCGAAAAGCGGCCCGUAAGAUCUUCUUCCAACGCGCUCGACUCUUGUACGACUUCGACUAUGAAGUGGAUCGUAUCUCCCUUGUGCAGUCGCUCCUGCUGAUGACCUACUGGUAUGAAACCCCUGAUGACCAGAAGGACACCUGGCAUUGGAUGGGCGUGAGUCUCUCCCUGGCCCACACCAUUGGUCUCCACCGUGAUCCCGGUAACUCGCGGAUGGAUUUGCGCCGCCAGCGGAUGUGGAAACGCAUUUGGUGGAGCACCUAUACCCGUGAUCGAUUGAUUGCCCUGGGCAUGCGGCGCCCGAUGCGCGUGAAGGAUGACGACUGCGAUGUGCCCAUGUUGACCCUGGACGACUUUGAAUUCCAGUCCUUUUCGCCAGAAAUCGUGAAUAUGGUCGGAAACUCAGAGAUCUUGCAAAACGUGAAUCAUCAGCGUGAAUUGGCGCUCAUGUUCAUCGAGAAAGCCAAGCUCUGUCUGGGCGUGAGCCAUGUGCUCUCAGCCCAGUACUCGGUCCUGAGUCACAAGUUCGGCGGCACCAUGGAAACCACUAUGAUGUUGGUCCCGAAGAAGUCGACUGCAGAGUCCUUCGAGGUGCGUCGGUGUGAUCAGGAACUGGAGGACUGGCUGGCCAAUCUUCCCGUCGAAACCCAAUAUACGCCUUCCGGCGGCGCGAAGCUCUCCGAGGCCCAGGAGGUCCUACAUUCGCAUCGCGCGCUGCUCAAGAUGGUCUACCUCACCACGUCCAGUGCUCUCCAUCGCCCGCAGGUUCUUCCCGCCAUCCCCUACCCAUGCAUGGACGCGGAGCUGCAGGAGAUGUCGCGCAACAAGGUCCGCUUCGCCGCUGUGGAAAUCACCAACAUUGCCCAAGACCUGCACCUUCUGGACCUGACUCGCUACUACCCGACCACUGGCGUGACUGUGCUUUUGCCAGCUGUGAUCAUUCACCUGCUCGACAUCAAAUCCAGCGACCCCAGCGUCCGAAUGACCAGUCUCCAACGCUUCUACCAGUGCAUGCGCAUCCUGCAACGUCUUCGCGAGAUCUACGCCUCGGCCGACUUCGCCACCUCUUUCCUCGAAGCCGCCAUUCGCAAAGCUGGUAUUCAGCUCACCGUCGCCCCGCAGGACAAGAUUCCGGACCUGACCUACCCCAAGGCCCCCGCUGGCGGGCGGACCACCACCACAAAAGACCUGUUCGCCUCCACACCCCCGCACUCCGACGGCAGCGAAAACGGCAGCACUCAGAACCUGAACCCCAACUACGGCAACAACAACAACAAGAACAACAACAACAGCCACGACGCCUUCGCCAUGCCCGAUCUGAACGCCGACCUGAGCCUGACCGAGUUGAUGGACCUGGCCAAUGACGCAGAAGUCACACAGAACGACUUUGACGCUCUCAUCAACUUUGAAGAUGCGGGAAAUGACUACUUUGCCGAUGAAAAUGCCCAACAACAACCCCAGUCUACGACAACUACCUCUUCCGCCCCCGCAGAAGAUAAAUCCGUCCCCGCUUUCGACUUCAAUGUCGAUAAUGUGAACGUCAUGGGUUUCGACGCGGAUCCCAAGGCCAUUGAUUUUGCGCAUCUGUCUGAACGUGCCGAUCCCUUUUCUACCGAGGCUCAAUCGCGGCCCGGUUUGACGGCUGAUCUGGAUGCGGAUCUCGGGAUCGAGUAA